AUGGAGGGGGAGAAAUAUCGGCGACAUUCGUGGUCCCAGAGAUCGCCCGCGGACGCUGAAGACGAGAUCUCCAUCCUCCGCGAUCGCGAUGCCGAGAAAAUCCUACCGUACGAUGCCGACGAUUCACCUUUCCCGGAGGUGCGGGCAGUCAUUCAGCCCACGGAUGACUUGUCCCUCCCGGUGAAUACGGUUCGAAUGUGGACAAUCGGUAUCCUCUUUACCAUUGUGGGAAGCGGGUUGAACCAAUUCUUCAGCUUGCGGCAACCGAGUGUUACUAUCAGCGCUCUGGUAGCUCAAUUACUCGCAUUCCCGUUAGGGUGUGCCUGGGCUAAGUGGAUGCCACUCGGGAUGUUGAACCCCGACCGUCAAUUCAAUAUCAAGGAGCAUGGUCUGAUCACCAUCAUGGCCAAUGUCUCGAUUGGAUCCGCCCAGGCGACGCAGGUCAUUGAAGCAAUGGUCAAGUUUUACGACAUGCCGUCGAACGGAGGCUUUGAAGUGCUGUUGUGUAUCACCACGCAGCUGUUUGGGUUUGGCCUUGCGGGCAUGGCAACCCUUUGGCUCGUCACGCCGGCUUCGAUGCUGUGGCCGCAAGUGCUGUCCAAUGCCGCACUUCUCACGACUCUCCAUUCCAGAGAGAACAAGAUCGCGGAUGGGUGGCGCAUCACGAGAUUGAGAUUUUUUCUUUUCGUCUUCAUCGGUGGAGCUAUCUGGUAUUUUGCGCCCGGUUACUUAUUCACCGGCCUUAGUACAUUCAGUUUCAUCUGCUGGAUAGUGCCUUCUAAUGUGGUAAUUAAUCAGCUGUUUGGUCAGACGACGGGCCUGGGAAUGUCUAUCUUGACGUUUGAUUGGGCCCAAAUAGUCUAUGCCAAUCAGAGCCCUCUCCUGGUACCUUUCUGGGCGGGGCUGAAUGUGAUGGGGUCUUUUGCGCUCUUCUUUUGGCUGAUUUGCCCGAUUCUCUACUAUACUAACACGUGGUAUUCCGCCUAUUUGCCUCUUCUCAACUCAAACACCUUCGACAACACCGCCCAAGAGUAUCAGACCUCGCGCAUUAUGGAUAAGGACGGAACGGUGAAUCAAACUGCCUACCGAGACUACUCCCCCAUGUUUUUGCCUGCUGGGUAUGCGAUGACUUUUGGAGUUGCGUUCGCCAACUUGACUGGCAUUUUCUUCCACAUUGGACUUUACCAUGGCAAGGAUCUGUGGAGACAGUGGAAGGGCACGGGUGAGCGCGAUAUCCAUGCGCGACUGAUGUCUACGUAUCAUCAGGUUCCCUGGUGGUGGUUUUUUGCAGUCACAAUCCUCAUGUUUGUUCUCAGCAUUGUGACAAAUGAGGUGUGGCAUACCGACCUGCCGGUCUGGGCUGUAUUGGUGGCCUUUUUACUACCAGUGUUCUACUUUAUCCCCGUGGGUAUCAUCAAGGCCUUGACAAACAUCAGCAGCAACCAGUUGAAUCUGAUCACGGAGUUCGUCGGAGGCUAUGCUUUCCUUGGACGACCCAUAGCAAACAUGGUGUUUAAAUUCUAUGGCUACGUUGCCAUUCAACAGGGACUUGAAUUCGUUGCGGAUAUGAAACUUGCACACUACCUUCAUAUUGCUCCACGUACGCUUUUUGUGGCACAGGGACUUGCCACUUUAGUUGGAGCUAUUGUUCAGUGUGGUGUGACCGUGUUCAUGAUCACCCGAAUUGACGGAGUCUGUACAUCCGACGCCGAGGGUAAUUUCACUUGUCCUCAUGGUCGCGUGACUUACUCUUCGUCUCUCAUUUGGGGUGCUGUUGGCCCCGGUCGGUUGUUCUCUCCCGGCAAGACGUAUAGCAAUUUGCUCUGGUUCUUCCUCGUGGGUCCAGUCGUGGUAAUCAUUACCUAUGUCCUUGGUCGUCGCUGGAGAGUUGUGAACUACAUCUCUUGGCCGGUGGCAUUUGGUGCAAUGAGUCUGGUUCCUCCAGCCACAGGUGUCAGUUUCUCUUCGUGGUGGGUGAUCAAUGUCAUAUUCAAUGGGUUCUUGAAACGCCGCAAACCUGCCUGGUGGUCUAAGUACAAUUAUAUCUUGUCCGCCGCGCUCGAUUGUGGCGUUGCUGUAUCUACUGUGAUCAUCUUCUUCUGCAUCACCCUCCCAGCUGGUUCGUUGAGCUGGUGGGGUAACAAUGUGUACUCUAAUACUGCCGAUGGUAAAGGCACACCCUACAAGCCUCUUCCUGACAGAGGCUAUUUCGGCCCACCAAAGGGCUCAUGGAAUUGA